UUCCCGUAAAGAGUCCGCGGCUGCCGCCGCCCGCUCAGCCGCAGCCGCCUCGGCCCCCCCCCGGCCCGCACCGCGGAGGUACCCGAGAGGCGGCGGGGGAGACCGCUGCCACCCUCGGCCUCGCCGCGACCCUCACCCGCCGGCCCGCUCCGGCCUCCCCUCCCCAGCUUCCCCCCCUCCCCUUCCCCUCUUUCCGCGGAUCCUUCCGCGCCGCGCUCCGCUCCCUCCGCCCCGCUCGCACUGUUUGGGAGCAACCGGCCGAGCCAGCGGCGCCCCGGCCCCGCCAGCGCAGCGAGGUCCCGCGGACCGGCCCUCGCCCAGCCCCGGCGCGCACCCCGGCUCUCGUCCCUCUCGUCAUGUCCCUCAAGCAAGCGGCGGCGCCGCAGGCCGCCGGCAACAACCGCAAGCCCCCCGGCGGCGGCGGCGGCGGCCCCGGCCUCCCGUCAGCCGCGGGCGGCGGGAGGCAGAACAUGGGCAGAGGUCGCAGCAGUGGCAAAGGACCGCCUCAGCCUACUAUUUCUUUUGAUGGCAUCUAUGCAAACAUGAGAAUGGUUCACAUACUGACAUCAGUUGUUGGAUCCAAAUGUGAAGUACAGGUGAAAAAUGGUGGUAUAUAUGAAGGAGUUUUUAAAACCUACAGUCCUAAGUGUGAUUUAGUGCUCGAUGCUGCUCAUCGGAAAACAGCAGAGUCCAGUUUGGGGCCAAAACGUGAAGACAUACUCGAGAGUAUCUUGUUCAAGUCUUCAGAUUUUGUGAUGGUGCAUUUUAAGGAUAUGGAUACCAAUUAUGCAAGAAGAGAUGCUUUUACUGAUUCAGCCAUCAGUGCUAAAGUCAAUGGUGAACACAAGGAAAAGGAUCUUGAACCAUGGGAUGGAGGAGAGAACACCGCUACGGAGGAGCUUGAGGCGUUAGAGACAGAUGUUUCUAAUGGAUGGGAUCCCAAUGACAUGUUUCGUUACAAUGAAGAAAAUUAUGGUGUAGUAUCAACUUAUGACAGCAGUUUAUCUUCUUAUACGGUGCCAUUAGAAAGAGAUAAUUCAGAAGAGUUUUUAAAACGGGAAGCCAGAGCAACUCAAUUAGCAGAGGAAAUCGAAUCAAGUGCCCAAUACAAAGCUCGGGUUGCCUUGGAAAACGAUGAAAGAACAGAAGAAGAAAAAUACACUGCUGUUCAGAGAAAUGCUAACGAACGAGAAGGCCACGGUGUGAACACUAGAGAAAAUAAAUACAUUCCACCUGGACAGAGGAACAGAGAUGUCCUGUCUUGGGGAAGUGGAAGACAAAACUCGCCAAGGAUGGGCCAGUCUGGAUCAGGCCCACCAAUUUCAAGGUCUGGAUCCCAUACUUCAGAAUUCAGUCCUAACUCUGGAGCAGAUCAAAGAGUAGUUAACGGAGGUGUUCCCUGGCCAUCGCCUUGCCCAUCUCCUUCCUCUCGCCCACCUUCUCGCUACCAGUCAGGUCCCAACUCUCUUCCACCUCGGGCAGCCACCCCUACACGGCCGCCCUCCAGGCCCCCCUCGCGGCCCUCCAGGCCCCCGUCUCACCCCUCUGCUCAUGGUUCUCCAGCUCCUGUCUCUACUAUGCCUAAACGCAUGUCUUCAGAAGGGCCUCCACGGAUGUCUCCUAAGGCACAACGGCACCCUCGAGGUCACAGAGUCUCUACUGGUAGGGGUACAAUUUCAAGUGGCUUAGAAUUUGUAUCUCAUAAUGCACCAGGGGAAGCAUCUACUACUGCAGUGGCACGAGGCAGCCCUUCAGGUGGGACGUGGUCAUCAGUUGUCAGUGGGGUUCCGAGAUUAUCCCCUAAAACACACAGGCCUAGGUCUCCAAGGCAGAGCAGCACUCCCAUGGGACCAGCUCUGCCUUCUCCUCAGCCUGGAACUAUUCCCACUGAAUCUGUUGCCAUGCCUGUUCCAGCUGCCUCUCCUACACCUGCCAGCCCUGCAUCCAACAGAGCAGUUACCCCUUCCAGUGAAGCUAAAGAUACUAGGCUUCAAGACCAGAGGCAAAAUUCAGCAACUGGAAACAAGGAGAAUAUAAAGCCAAGUGAGACUUCUCCUAGUUUUUCUAAACCUGAAAACAAAGGUGUAUCUCCAAUUGUUUCAGAACAUAGAAAACAGAUUGAUGAUUUAAAGAAAUUUAAGAAUGACUUUAGGUUACAGUCGAGUUCCUCUUCAGAUGCAGUGGAUCAGCUGCUAAACAAAACCCGAGAAGGUGAAAAAGCGAGAGAUGUAGUUAAAGAAAAGACAGAAUCAACCCCUAAAGAAUCUAUCAUAGAAACUGGCAGUAAUACUAACUCUAAUGGUGGCAGUAGCAAACCUAAUAGUCCAAGUAUUUCUCCUUCAAUAAGUAAUAGUUCUGAGCAAAAGCGAGGGCCUGAGGUAACUUCACAAGGUGUACAGACAUCUGGGCCUGGAAGUAAACAAGAUAAAGAGGAUAAAGAGGAGAAGAAAGAUACUUCUGAGCAAGUUAGAAAAUCAACACUUAAUCCUAAUGCAAAAGAGUUCAACCCUCGAUCUUUUGCUCAACCGAAACCUUCUACUACACCAACCUCCCCUCGUCCACAAGCUCAGCCUAGCCCCUCCAUGGUGGGUCAUCAGCAGCCAACCCCAGUGUACACGCAGCCCGUUUGUUUUGCACCAAAUAUGAUGUACCCGGUUCCAGUGAGUCCAGGCGUGCAGCCUUUGUAUCCAAUUCCCAUGACGCCCAUGCCAGUGAACCAAGCCAAGACAUAUAGAGCAGGUAAAGUACCAAAUAUGCCACAGCAACGGCAAGACCAACAUCAUCAGAGCACCAUGAUGCAUCCUGCCUCAGCAGCAGGCCCUCCAAUUGUAGCUACGCCACCUGCUUAUUCAACACAAUAUGUUGCAUAUAGUCCCCAACAGUUUCCUAAUCAGCCUCUUGUGCAGCAUGUGCCACAUUACCAAUCUCAGCAUCCUCAUGUUUAUAGCCCUGUAAUACAGGGCAACGCUAGAAUGAUGGCACCACCAACACACGCACAGCCUGGUUUAGUAUCUUCUUCUGCAACACAGUAUGGUGCGCAUGAACAGACGCAUGCUAUGUAUGCAUGUCCCAAAAUACCAUACAGCAAGGAGACAGGCCCUUCUUUCUACUUUGCCAUUUCCACUGGCUCACUUGCUCAGCAGUAUGCCCACCCUAAUGCUACCCUGCAUCCGCAUCCUCCGCAUCCUCAGCCUUCUGCCACACCAACUGGCCAGCAGCAAAGCCAACAUGCUGGAAGCCACCCUGCUCCUAGCCCCGUGCAGCAUCAUCAGCACCAGGCUGCUCAGGCACUCCACCUGGCAAACCCACAGCAGCAGUCGGCAAUUUACCACGCAGGUCUAGCUCCAACCCCACCUUCCAUGACGCCAGGCUCCAAUACGCAGUCUCCACAAAAUAGUUUUCCUACAGCACAACAAACAGUCUUCACCAUUCAUCCCUCCCAUGUUCAACCUGCAUAUACCAAUCCGCCACACAUGGCCCAUGUCCCCCAGGCUCAUGUACAGUCAGGAAUGGUUCCUUCUCACCCAACUGCCCAUGCUCCAAUGAUGCUAAUGACGACACAGCCACCUGGUGGUCCCCAAGCCGCCAUCGCUCAAAGUGCACUACAGCCCAUUCCAGUCUCGACAACAACACAUUUCCCCUAUAUGACGCACCCUUCAGGUGAGGAGUGUGUGCCCGGGAGACCUGCACCGUAACUGAGCCAGGUCGUAGUAGUGAAAAGAACUGUUAGAAACCAGAUGUGGGGAAAAAGGAACAACAAACAAAAACCAACCUUAAAGAUGUCCUGGUAGAGUGCUGAAGGCAGACUGCGUUUGCGUUUGUGCAUUGCCAACCCAAAUGUGAGCCUAGAUAAGCGUUACGAGAUGCAGCUAAUUGAGCAAAGACUUCUCUACUCCAGCUAGAGAGAAGCUAACUGCAGACGCUGUGGGAUGAGUUCUUCCAGGUUUUGCCAUGGUUUGGCCGUGGGGGAUGGACUGUCUGUGUAGCCUGUUUGUAAUGCUCUGAGCUUUUAUUAAAUGCAAAGGGAUCGGCCGUGAGGAUGCGAGUGAAAACAUUGCUUGGGGGUAGAGCUGUUAGCCUGAAUAAAGUGACAGCUGAAGUCUAACCUUUAAUUCAGAGUAACGUUCUGCAGCUUUACUUUUUUGGGGGAAGAGGAGGUGCUGAAUGACUUCUUUCUGCUUUAAAUUUAACCUUACCUUUAGGUUUCUUUCUUACUCAUUUCCAAACAGCCUCUAAACUAUUGUAGCGAAGUAGUUACCUUGCUCUUGUUUCUUGGGGGAUGUGUGAGCAGAACAAAGCUGCUGUCUGCGGGGUUAGGUAGGGAAGCGAAACCAUCCAAAGGACAUCUUGCUAUGCAGGGUUUUGUUUGGUUCUCUAAUGUAAGACAAAAAGGAGAGCAAAACCAGAAAGGAAGCAAAGGAAAAGAGACAAAGUUGCGCUCAGUUGUUGUCCUGUGACCAACUUAAUAGCAAACUGUUGUGUGGCUUGCCAAUUUAUUAUUUACAUUUGAACUUUUUUUUUACAGUACAAGCCCACCACCAACAGCAGUUGUAAGGCUCAUCUGGAAUAACUGAAAGGCUGGAUACCUUUUGUAGGCCAAAUACCCUCCUUCUACUGCUUCUGCCAACUGGAAGCACAGAAAACCUAGAAUUUCAUUUUAUUUUGUUUAAAAAAAAAACAAACCAAACCAUCACAAAAAAAAAAAACAAAACAAAAAAAAAAACAAAACACAAAAAGGAAAUUGAUUUCUUGUAACAUCCACUAGGAAUGCUAACAGUUCAUCUUGCAGUGGGAGAGAUUCGGACUGAGUAGAGGCAUGUAGGAACUUGUGGGCUAUUCCAUAAUCCCAUGCACUGUAUCUUUUUGAGUCCUGCAAGUGCCCCAACUCUGCUUGCUGAAAACUGGAAGUUAUUUAUUUUUUAAUGACCCUUCAAAGUUACGAACUCAUCAGCUAGCGAAAGAAGUAACAAGAGUGAUUCUUGCUGCUAUUCUCACUAAAAAUCAAGACUCGGAGAUCCCUUUUACUUCUCACUAAACUUGAAACAGGUUCAGUAAAAAAAAAAAAGAGAAAAAGAGACAAAAAAAAACCACCAACCCACCACCACCAAACCCCAGCAUUCUAAUCGUCAAACUGAUGAGUUAUUAUUUAUAAAUCACGUUUGAUGAGAGGAUCACUAUCGUGAGACAGUGAUGUAACUUUUAAGUUAAGAAAAACUUUUACUUUGUAGAUAAUAUAAAAUAAAAACUUAAAAAAAAAAUUAAAAAAUAAAAAAAGUUUUAAAAACUGA